GCGACGCGUGGGCAGGUCAAUCCGCGACUCGUGCAGUCUCUGGUCCGGUCAUUUCCUGUUGGUGUGGAGCUUAUUCAGCAAGAGGAUUGGCCAGGCUUAGAAUCUUUGGCAAAAAAGGACCUCACGCAGGUGAUCCAAGAUAAGCAGAAGGAUCUGGCGCGCCGCUGGAAGGCGCAGGAUUGGCAACCGAUUUUUUGUGGUGACCCCGAUGAGACCUUGGCGGUUGACAAAUAUCGUAGGUUGUAUGAUCCUUUCAUCCUGCAAAGUGAUGGUUUUUCAGUGCCGGAACUUGAUGUGGCUGACUUGCGCAAGGCCGCUCAGAAAGCUCAGAAGACGGCUGCUGGCUGUGACGGCUGGAGUGCUGCUUUGUUGCUUGUUCUCCCAAACCAAGCCUGGUUGCAGCUUGUUGACAUUCUCACACGAUGUGAGACAGAUGCCGUGUGGCCGGAUGGCAUGUUGGCGUGGAGAGUAGUGUACCUCCCCAAGGAGGUGAAGUCAGGUGCAACGUCGACCAUGAAAGUGCGUCCGAUUGCCAUCGGCCCUGCGCUCUACCGGCUGUGGUCCAGC